ACGUGUCGAAUUCCACCGCAGGGAACAUCUCCCUGAACCCUGACCUGAGCUUCUACCAGAUGAUUUACGGCCUGGUGUUGGUGGCCAUGCUGGUCUUCAGCUUCAUCAAGGGCUACUCUUUCACCAAAGUCACGUUGCACGCAUCCUCCAAGCUACACGACACCAUGUUCAGAAACAUCCUGAACAGCCCCAUGAGUUUCUUUGACACUACCCCAACGGGCCGUAUGGUGAACCGUUUUUCCAAGGACCAGGAUGAGGUGGACACCAUGCUGCCCUUCAACAUGGAGAACUUCCUGCAGUUCAGCCUGAUGGUCACCUACACCAUCGUCACCAUCUCGGCCGUGUUCCCUCCCCUACUCAUCGCCAUCACGCUGCUGGGAGCCAUCUUUACACUCAUACUCUAUCUAUUUAAGGAGAUGAGUGACAACAACUCCAACCACUUCCUGUUGUUUAACUGUGGGACACGCUGGCUGUCCUUCUGGCUGGACUUUCUGUCUGCCUCAGUCACUCUGCUGGUGGCUCUGUUCGUGGUGCUCAGUUCUCCUGAUACCAUCAGCCCUGCUAUGAAGGGCCUGGCGCUGUCAUACACCAUACAGUUGACAGGUAUGCUCCAGUACGUGGUAAGGCUGUCUACGGAGCUGGAGGCCAAGUUCCUGUCAGUGGAGAGACUACAGGAGUACAUCGAGGGUUGUGUCUCUGAGGCGCCCAGGAGAGUCAAAGACGCCCUCAUCCCAGAGGGUUGGCCUCAUAAAGGGGCCAUCUCCUUUAAGGACUAUACGAUGAGGUACAGAGCGAACACCCCCAUCGUGCUCGAUGGACUCCAGCUCAACAUCCAGCCCAGGGAGAAGCUGGGCAUCGUGGGGAGGACAGGCUCCGGGAAGUCUUCUUUAGGAGUGGCCCUGUUCCGCCUGGUGGAACCAGCUGCAGGGACGAUCUUCAUAGAUGGGGUGGACACCAGCGCUAUCGGCCUGGAGGACCUCCGCAGCAAACUGUCAGUCAUCCCCCAGGACCCGGUCCUAUUCAUCGGCACUGUCAGGUAUAAUCUGGAUCCUUUCAACAACUAUAGUGACGAGGACAUCUGGUCUGCUCUGGAUAAGACCUUCAUGAAACACACAAUCUCCAGUCUCCCUGAGAAGCUGCAGUCGGAGGUCGUGGAGAACGGGGAGAACUUCUCUGUUGGAGAGAGACAGCUGAUGUGUAUGGCCAGAGCACUGCUACGAAACUCCAAGAUCAUCUUGUUGGACGAGGCGACGGCGUCGAUCGACUCAGAGACGGACUCUCUGAUCCAGCACACCAUCAGAGACGCGUUCCAGGACUGUACCAUGCUUACUAUCGCUCACCGCAUUAACACUGUCCUGGAGUCAGAUCGUAUACUGGUCAUGGACGCCGGAAGGGUGGUUGAGUGUGACAGUCCAGAGGUCCUGAUGCAGAGACCAGAUUCUCAGUUUGCAGCUCUCCUGACUGCAGCCAACACCGUCAACACAUGAGCCUGGACACCCACCCAUCUGUAGUCUGGACACACACCCAUCUGUAGUCUGGACACACCCCCAUCUGCAGUCUGGACACAUCUCCAUCUGCAGCCU